AUGUACCUGCUUACCCCUCCCCCUCCCCCUCCCCUCCUAGAACCAACAGGCCCCCUCUCGCGUGCUUUGACGACACGCACUCUUCUCGACCACGUGAACAACCACCGCCGCAAAAGAAUCGCCAAAAAAAUAAAAUUUCACGCCCAGCAGCAAGUCAAAGUCGUCACCCAGGUUCCUACCAUUGCCAUGUCCUGCCAUCUCCCGUCGACAUUGUCCGAUCGCGGUGACGCAAGCACCGAUUUCGAAAUCACCGUCGGCAAUGUCAAAUAUCUUUUAACCGAGAGCCAGAAGGUUAAUAACUUCCUUUUGCUGAAAUUUCUUGAAUGUGCCGAUUUCGACAACGACAAUGCGCUCCGCGAGUUUCAGGCCAGUACACUUAAUCGAGAUGACGUGUAUCAACCUGAUUUCGCCUCCAAUAUGGUUUUCUAUGGAUUCUCUGAAGAAUGGCGGCAAGAACUUGCGCCAAACUCGGUCGUCCCCAGGCCCUAUGUCAUUUCAAGGGGCAUAACAUGGCAGUCGUGGCGAGUCUAUCAUGAUUUUCAACGACUGUUUCAUGAUCGGGCUGAGGCCCUCGCCGCUUCACGAUGGAAGAUGAGUGACUCAUCUAACGAGGACUUCUGUCCUCGAUACGAAUAUUUUGGCACUCUAGUCGCAGUCAACGCCGCGUACGCUGCACACAACGGCCGGGUCAUUGUGCCUUCGCGAUGCUACUACAAGCCAUCCAAGGAUCGUCCUCUUGCCGGUGCAAGGUUCAGUGUGAAAGACAACAUCGAUGUCGCGGGUCAGAAGACCACUCUGUGCAAUCGAGCCUGGACUGAAUUCAUAUCGGUGCAUACAUAG